AUGGGGGGCAGUAAAUGUGGGAGAGCAGUGACAGUGCCCCACCCCCUGAGCCAGGAGGACGCAGGUUCAAGUCCCACCUGCCCCAGAGUGGAUUGUCUCAGUCCGUCUAAGACCGGCCCGUGUCGUGCAUGGUUUCGGAGGUGGUUUUACGAUGUUUCCUCCAAGACAUGCAAGGUGUUCACUUACGGGGGCUGCUUACCGAAUGGCAACAACUUUCAGAGUGAGCUGGAUUGCUUGAAGCAUUGCCGUGGGAUCACAGUGCCAGCAAGUAACUCAGUGCCAGUAUCAAGCAGGAGUAUCAUGGGUCUCAAAGACUGUUCAACGCCAUGUUUUGCGAGUCAGUUUCAAUGUGCUGAUGGCUGUUGUAUCCCUCGCUCCCUCCUGUGUGAUGGAACGACCCGAUGUUUGGAUAAAUCAGACGACAGUUACUGCCAAGCAGUCCGUGAUAAUUACGAUUGGCUGACCAAGAAGCAGGAUCCCAGCCUGCAGGACAACGAGCGAUGCACUGCCCCUAAGAAGGUUGGCCGCUGCCGUGCAAGUUUUCCCCGUUGGUACUAUGAUCUAGAGUCACAGACCUGCCAGGAGUUCAUCUAUGGAGGCUGCAAGGGGAACAGGAAUAACUUUGUCAGUGAACACCAGUGCCUAGUGGCAUGUGCUGGUCUGAAGGAGCGUCUGCCUGAGCCCCAAAAACACCAAAGCAAGAUGGAUGACCGAGAUUUCUGCUUCGCUCCAGCGGUGACAGGGAAAUGCCGAGCGUCCUUCCCGCGCUGGUAUUACAAUCCUGGCAGCCGGGCGUGCGAGCGAUUCACCUAUGGAGGCUGUGGAGGGAACAAGAACAGCUAUACCUCAGAGUCAGCCUGUUUGGCCAGGUGCUCGGGAAAAGCUGAUAAUUCGAAGCAAGAUCAUGAUGGGAACUUUGAUACACAGCAUCACCCCGAAGCUCCUCAUCGUGUUCCUGCCAUUUCGAUGGUGAUCCUGCUGUCGAUCUGUGUCCUCGUCCUGCUCGGGGGAGUCAUCUACUUCAUCGUCAAACUCACCAAGACCGACCCUGUUGUCUCCUACCAGCGAGCGCCUCAUGGAGAGGACAAAGAGAAUCUCAUCAGCACCGUUCAGAAUCUGUAAGAUGCCGGUCGCUUGAUCUGUGGAGCGUGUAGCAAAAAAAAAAUAAGCACAGUUUUACAACUUUUACCCUUGAGUCUUGUCUCCAGCAUUGCCACAGCAGGGAGAGAAAGAGAGUGUUCUCCGUAUUUCAUUCAUAAACACUUCUCUGUCUCUAUCCUAACCUUUCCUAGUUCAGUAUGUAUUGAUGAAGGGUAGACUUUAACCUGGUAUUCCUAGUAAUGACCAGAGGAUGAAAAUUGGAACUGGCAUAUUGUCCCUGGGGAUGGAGAGUGACCCUGGGGGUGGGGGAAGAGACUGGGGUGUCACUGGGGGUAGGGUAGUGUCACUGGUGAGGGUUGGGGGAGAGACUGGGGUGUCACAGGGGGGUAGGGUAGUGUCACUGGUGGGGGUUGGGGGAGAGACUGGGGUGUCACUUGGGGGUAGGGUAGUGUCGCUGGUGGGGGAUGAAGAGUGACCCUGAGGGUUGGGGGAGAGGCUCGGGUGUCACUGGGGGUGGGGCAGUGUCGCUGGUGGGGGAUGGAGAGUGACUCUGGGGGUGGGGGGUGUUGGGAGAGUGACCCUUGGGCUGGGAGAGUGUUUGCUGCACCUUAUGUUGAGAUCGCAACUGACCCAGUCCAAUUGUUUGAGAUUUGGGAUCUGGCUUUCCUAAUCCUCUCUUUGGAUUUGUCCUUGGGUUUUCACGUUGAUCGGAGUAAGCUGGGUGAUUGGGAGGACUGGGUCUACAUUGAAGGCUGUUGAUGGGAUCUGGUCCUCUCUGUGUGCUAUCAUUGUGAAGAAUGUGGCCAAUUUGAUGUCCGUCAGUCCUAAAGCAAGUUAAUUAUAGACUCGGUCGAUUGAAGCACGUUCCCAAUUGUAGGAUUUACCAGAACUAAUUCCCAAGAAAUCUCGGCUAAAUAGGACACUGGGAUCAAGUCAGAUCCUUAUCAGAAAUACCAAGACUGAUGUUUCUGUUCCAUGUUUGAGGGUCACAGCUGAUUUCCAGAGUUCACGCGCAAUGAGUUUUUGUUCCGUUACUGAGUUGGUCGGAUUCGACCUCUGAUCCCUUUUGUUUCUUUGGCCCACUUCACGGGGAACUUGAAACCGCCUCCACACCCACGGCUUGUCGGAAUCUGGGAGAAGUGGGGUUCGAAUCUGCGCCUGUCAGUUUGUUUGUUCCUUCAGUUGGGGAGCAUGGGCCGAGAUAGAGAUCAAUUGCAGGAAGUAUGGCUGAGUUGCUGAUGAAGGUCAAAUCAGUGCCAGGUUGGAGCUCACUUGCCCUACACCCAGAGAAUGGUACAAGGCUCUGUUCAGAGCUGGGGUUCUCGGAUUCCUUUGGGUCCGUGGUGUUUCUGUGCUUCCAGUGUCUGGAUGGGAGCACUCUGGUCUGACCUUUAGCAAAACUCUACCUCCCACCCCUCCUUCACUCUCUCUACGCCAUGCUCUCUGUCCCGUGAGGACUGUAAUCUCCCCAAGCCCAGAAAGAUUGGAGGUAGAUCCUGAAUGUUUCUCCCCUUGAGUCAAGUUAGACGUCAGGUCAAACAUUGACCGUUUUUGUGACGUUAGCAAUGCACUGGACGACCUAGGGUUUCCCACUGUCCGCAUGUGACAUUCUGUCCGACCUGAACUUCCCAAAGGAGAGGAAGCUGUGGGAUUGUGAGUCAGCGUCACUCUUUCUGACACAUUGUGCCUGUAGUUGUGUCUGUGCGACUGUUCCUUCCUUACAGUGACCACACGGAAUCCUAAAGUGGUUCCUGUACCGUACAGAGCAGAAGGUUUAAACCGCACAAGGUGACAGCAAUCUCUUCCUGCUUUGAGGAAUAUUGGCUCCAGUGUUGCAUCUUCCCUAACUGCCCUCUGCCUCUUGCGCCCCUCUGCCUCUUACACCCCUCUGCCUGUUGCCCAGUCACACUCUCACUCACUUCCAAUUCCUAAGCACCACCCUCCAGCCCACACUAACCAUUGAUGCUGUCUUCCCAAAUGUGUGUGACAGUUCCGAUCAGUUAUCCUCUGGAUGGAUUUGCACUCCUCUUUUGGUUUUUUAAAAAAUAAUAAUAUUCUUGAGGCUUUCUAUUUAAAAUCAUGUGUGGAAUCUUACAAACCAAUUGUUAAACUGGAUUUCAAUUCUUUUCUGACUUUUAGUCAUUUUAAUAAUUUCAAGUUUAACCAGAAAAUUGUGAGAGAGAGCAGCAGUCAAAAAUGUGUGGAAUUCAUAAAUUGAAGUUUGUGUGUGUUUCUGUGAUUUUUAACUAAACUCUAAUAUUUAGGCUUAAUACUCAGGUGUUGGGAAUCUCAGACUGGAGUCUGUCUUCUGUAAUAUGCAGUUUUACUUUUAAUAAAAUCUUUUUAGAAGUCUUA